CAGAAUUCAAUCGACCUUUGCCAACAAUUAUUCCAUUCAAAUCUGGCCUGUAUAAUCGAAAAUCUCUCCGACAACGUUGACCGCCUUCGCUUCUUUUACAUUAUAUUAUACGCGAAUUAACCAAAAGUACAGAGUGAACGUUGGAGAAAUGUCGGAACGUACGGAAGAUACAGAGAUACUGCGCGAAAACACCUCGGAUAAUCGCGUUCCAUACGAAAGAUUGAAAGACAGUUCUAUGGAAAGAACCCAAUGGACGCCAGCUGCCUCGUCUGCGAGAAUCUGCUCCGAACGGAAGUCCCUUCUUCAUCAGGAGCAAAGGCAGCGAAUUAUCGACAGCGACUGGGGAGGAUACGCCUUGGACCUGGAUUUAUGGGAGGACAGCAAGUCGCCCGUGGUCCAGAUAAGGCCGGGCGAGGUGUCGCUGGACAACAGAGAGACUGCCGGCUUUCUGUCCGACAGACUGAUAGGCGUCGGCUCAUCCUUCCUGGGGAAGUCGCCCGAAACCGGUCUCCACAUUCUCAGCAAGUGUAUUCUGAAAAAUAGGGGUCUCACGGACGUCACCAUGCUGCGACACCAUCGGCACUUGCAGUACAUCAACGUCGCCGGUAAUAACAUAACGUGUUUGUCACCUGUGAGCGGCCUUCGAUAUUUGAUGUACCUGAACGCGUCGCGCAAUGAAAUUGAACGCCUGUCGAGCUUCGUGUCUCCCUGGUAUCUCACCUACGUAAACUUAUCCUACAAUCGUAUGACGGACAUCGGCGACUUGGCGAACUGCUGGAGCAUCGUCAAAUUAAACCUGUGCCACAACAAUCUAGAAAACAUCUCCGGCUUGGAAAAUUUGAAACAUCUACGGUACUUGAACUUGUCCUACAAUCUCAUCGAAUGUAUCGAAAACCUGGACGGUCUGAAUAUACGAGAACUGAAUUUAGAGGGCAACUGCAUAACGUCAUUUAGAUCCGCUACGCCCGGCCGUGGCAUAAACACGUUGCCCAGUCUGCGAAUAAUUCUCUUGGGAUACAAUAGACUGUCGUCCUUGGGCUUCUUCAAAGUGACCGUCGCGAAGGAGUGAAUUGCACGCGAAAGUAUUCAUAAUCCUCGUUGUAACUAUAUAAUUGUUUUAGGACGCAUACAGUUUACGCUUCGUAGAUCUAAAGUUCAAUAGAAUCACCGACCUGUUGGAGGUAUUGAAUUUGAAGGGCUUGAUAUUCGAGGUCGAUCUUCGGGGUAACAUCUGCACGAAGUGGCCCAAUUAUCGAAACUUAUUGAUAUCUUCCAUACCAAGCGUUAGGUUUAUCGACAGCAUCGAGGUGUUCCCGGAAGAAAAGGUGACGUCGGCCAUGCUGUUUGCCUCGCCGCUGGAUUUAACAGCCGCCCGUAAAGUAGCGAAAUUAACGUUACUGGAGCAGUUGAACAUUAGCAAGGUAGACGCUCACGUUCAACCGUACGAUGAGAUCAGCCCUCCUCUGAUGAUACUCACAGGACCGUCGGCGCUGAAGAAAAUGGCACUUGCCUUGCACGUGGCCCAAACAAAUCCCGACAAAGUAAUCUUUGCAGAUCCUGCAACAUCCCUUCUUCCAAAUCGGUCUCGAAGAAACGGCAGGAUUCUUGCAGAUAAAAUACUGCUGUUGGCAUACCACGAAAGAGAUAUGCGAAGACGAUGACGAACGCAAGGCUCAUAUUCCUGUAAACAGAGAGGACUUUAACGACAUGGCGCGACGUGGCGAAUUUUUGGUAAUCCUGGACCUCUUGGGCGACAGUUACGGAUUCCAUGUGAGUCAGAUCAGUCCAUUGAUAUCUGAACGCAAGAUCGGGCUUACUCACAUGAAUCUGUACGCGGUUACGGAAAUUUCUAAACGAUACCCGAACGUGAAGGCGAUCCUGGUGUUCGCGCAGAGCGUCGACCUUCACAGAGACUGGAUACGAGAAAAGUUUGACGUUUAUACGUGGAUUAAGGACAGUGUGGAAAAUUUGCUGGCUGUUAAAAUAGGCAAGCACUGGGAGGAAGAAACAGAGACCGCUAGUUGCAUAUUAAGUUUUAUCGAAGAAAUUUUGGACGAAGUUCGGCUCUUGAGCUUCAAUUUCCUACAAUGCAGUGUUCCGUAAAUUUCUGCUAAGUGCGCAUAUAU